AUGACCUCAGUCAGGCUGCUCCACACACACUGGUAGGAAGAUGUCUGCUCUGCUGCUGUUGUUGUUAUGUGCUGGAGUCCUGCUGUCUUCUAUUGAGGCUCAGGAAGCUUACAGUAAACUCCCUGACAAGUACAGGAAAGGAGUGGAUCUGGCUCUGCAACAGCUCAACUCUCAUUCUGGAGUCCAGCACCAUUAUCUCUUCUUCAAGAGUCUCCUGAAGUCCGACAUAGAGCCUGGAUUUGAUGUGAGCUAUAUUUAUCACAAUUUCUACCUGAAAGCCACCAAGUGUGGAAAGGGAACAGUUGACGCCACGCAAUGCAAGUUCAGGGAAGACCGACCAUUGAUAGACUGUGCAAUCUGCUACAAAACCUUUGCUGGAAAGAUUGAGAAGGAGCCCAAGCCGUAUGUCCACUGUCUCCACAAACCAGCUCUUACAGAGGAUAUGAAGACAGCAAGAGUCGAUCACUGUAACACAAUGAGUUACCAAAGUGGAGACGCAACUAUCCUGGCUUCAAAGGGUUCCAAGUGAAAUUCUUGGCAAUGGGAGUAAUGUCGUUUUGUGGCCAUGCAUGAUAAAACGUUUGUAUUGCACGAUAGGCUUACAUCUGAAUGUAGUCUGUAGAGGCACCCUCAUUUCAUCUGUAUUCGUUAUUCUGUGUUCAACUUCCUCAAGUACAGUAUCUAACAACUUUAAACACACUAAGGCUUGUGGUUUUUAAAGGUGCCUAUAUCGGUCUGCUAAUACAGAACUAGUGCACUACUUUUGUGAAAAAAUAUGAAACUCUCAAAUACAUUUAGUUAUCAGCAUUUGUAACUUGAGUCUGAUAAUAAUCUGUACAAAACAGUUAAUCUGAUAAUACUUGUGGAAUAUACAAAUAUUGCUUGAUAUUUGUUUUCCUGUUUCUUGAACUACUUUGCAAAUGCAACUUAUUUCUCUGUGGGGACUGAAAUGGUCGAUUCAUUCUUUUUACAUUUGAGUAGAUUCUCUUUUCCAGAGCAAUUUACAGUAGUGAGUGAGUGCAGUGGUGGAAAAAAUACCCAAUUGUCAUACUUGAGUAAAAGUAAAGAUACCUUCAUAGAAAGUUGCCCAGUACAAUUCUACUUGAGUAAACAUCUAAAAGUAUUUGGUUUUAAAUAUACUUAAGUAUAAAAAGUAAAUGUAAUCUCUAAAAUAUGUGUCAAAAAGUAAAAGUAAAAGUUUAAAGAAUUUAAAAUUCCCUAUAUUAAGAAAGCCAGGCGGCACCAUUUUCUUGUUUUUUAAUGUAUGGAUAGCCAGGGGCACCCUCCAACACUGACAUCAUUUACAAAUGAAGCAUGUGUUUAGUGAUCCCGCCAGAUCAGAGGCAGUUGGGAUGACAAAGGAUGUUAUCUUGAUAAGUGUGUGAAUUAGAUCAUUUUCCUGUCCAGCUAAGCGUUCUAAAUGUAACGAGUACUUUUGGGUGUCAGGGGUACACCAUUUUCUUUAGGAAUGUAGUGAAGUUAAAGUAAAAGUUGUCAAAAAUAUAAAUAGUAAAGUGAAGUACAGACACCUGAAACAACUGCUUAAGUAGUACUUUCAAGUAUUUGUAUUUUAGUACUUUACACUACUGAGUGAGUACAUACAUUUUUGUACUGGUCCCCUGUGGGAAUCAAACCCACAACUACUAGUGUUGCAAGUGCCAUGCUCUACCAACUGAGCCACAACACAAACCAUUUAACAUCUCAAUGUAUUAAAUUAAUGUAUUAAAUUAA